CGAUGGUGGGCCGCGACAGCCGCUCGGAGAGCGCGGCGCGCCCCGCUGCGCCGCGGCAUGAGUAGCGCGCCCGCCCGGCCCGGCCACCGCGCCCGCCAUGGCGCAGGCCGCGCCCGCGCCCCACACCACCCACUCCUUCGCCAAGAAAACCUUCCACAAGCCCACCUACUGCCACCACUGCUCCGACCUGCUCUGGGGCCUCAUCGGGCAGGGCUACGGCUGCGAAGUGUGCAACUUUAUAGUGCACGAGAGAUGUGUGGGGCAGGUUGUGACGCCAUGCUGCGGCGUGGCGCCGAGCCUCAUCAAAAACCCAGUGGCUCACUGCUGGUCGGAGCCGGCGCACCACAAACGCAAGUUCUGCACGGUGUGCCGGAAGCGGCUCGAUGAACUGCCGGCACUCCAUUGUAUGAUAUGCGAGUACUAUGUUCACGGUGAGUGCGUGGACUUUGCGGCGGCGGACUGCAAGGAGAACGCGACGUACUGCGCGGGCACAGAGCCCCGGCACGUGCACCACUGGCGAGAGGGCAACCUGCCCGCCAACUCCAAAUGCGCCGCCUGCCGCCGCGCAUGCUGGUCCGCGGAGUGCCUCACGGGCUAUCGCUGCGAGUGGUGUGGCAGCACGUGUCACGCGGGCUGCCGCGCGCUCAUCCCAGAAGAUUGCAACUUCGGCAUGCUGCAGCCGAUCUUCCUGCCGCCCGCGGCGGUGUCCACACCGCGCACGGAGGUGCCCAUGGAGGCGAUCAUCGGCGUACACGUUCGCCCGCCGCCGUCGCAGCGCGACUUUGGAUGCCCGCGGCGGCGCGGCUGGGGCGCGUGGGGCGCAUGGGGGCCGCAGCGCCUCGUCACCUUCGCGCGCCGCCUGCUGCCGAACACCUGCUCGCCUCACGCCGGCGCUGAGCCCCCCUACUCGAGAGGUAACCGCUCCCUGCGACCACCGCACACCCCGCAUCCGCUACAAAGCACAAUUAACGCCCUGGAAAAAGGAUUAAAUUUCGCUCCUACCCCAACGCGCAUUCCAAUUGAAAAAGUCAUAUGUGGUGUUGAAGAAGCCAUUGUGUGUAAUAGGGUGCCAGCUAGUGAUGCUGAAACCUUACGUCAAGACGUGGCUGUAGCCUUGCGACACGCUCGUCUACCACCAAAAAACAUGAGUACUCAGGAACUGAUGGCUGUAAAAGAACUUAGGGCUGAUACAACAAUUAUAGUACUGAAGGCAGACAAGGGAAACGCCACUGUGAUUAUGGACGUUGAAGAAUACGACCGUAAAAUAAAAGCUUUACUGGAGGAUGGCAUGACAUACAAACAUGUAACAUACAACCCGACUGCCAGAGUGAAACGACAGACUGAUGCCAUUAUUACUGAAUGUAGGAGCGCUAUCCCAGUUGAUAUUGAAAAACAACUAUUACGUCCACGUAUCGUCCAACCGCCGAGGCUUUAUGGUUUGCCAAAGAUACACAAAACUAACGUACCAUUACGACCAAUAGUGAGUCAGAUAGACUCACCCACGUUUGAAUUGGCAAAAUAUGUGUCUCGUACACUAACACCUCUAGUAGGCACAACGAACUCUUUUGUGAAGGACUCCAGGCAUUUCAUUGAGAUCCUAAACAGUACCACAGUUAACGAGAAUGAGACAAUGGUUAGUUAUGACGUUGAGUCUCUUUUCACAAACGUACCAAUAAAGGAGUGCAUCGACGUUAUCAAAGUGAAACUUCAAGAAAAUAACAUCCCAAUGGAGAUUGCUCAAUUACUUGAACAUUGCUUAAACACGAGCUACUUCCUGUAUAAUGGCCAAUACUACCUUCAGAUUGAUGGUGUAGCGAUGGGCAGUCCCGUUGCUCCCGUUGUUGCCAACAUUUGGAUGGAACACUAUGAACACGCCGCCAUUCUAAAUAGGUACGGUAUUUCAGAUGAUCAGGCAUUUCAACCUUUCUCCUCCAUCAGGGAGCCAGAAACUGGUGGCGGAGAAGUCCGAGUAUACCCAGGCCGUAUACCGGGUGCGGGAGAAACAUUCGUAACGGUUGGAUGCGUAGGCGAGCAAACAGUUGCCGACCUUAUGAUGUCGGCACUUGAAAGGUUCGGCCUGGACGCUGAUAACGCUGUUGCCGACUACCGCUGCUCCGAGAUCCUGCUGGACCGGGGAGUGUCAGAAAGGGUGCUAGAAGAAGAAGAGCGUCCAUGGCGCAUCAUAGUCCGAUUAGCUCGUGAAUCAGUGCGGCGGAUGGAGCUGGCACGGUUUUACCUGCAGCCGCGGCGGGACCCGCACGGUCCCACACUCGCGCUUUUCGUCGCCUCACUACCUGCUAGCCUCAACCAGCGGCAAUACGAGCAGAUACUCGUCAACCUGCUUGGAGAAGAAAACAAAUUUACAUCAAUCGGGCCGAUCUACUACGAGUACGGGUCGAUGGUGAUCACAUAUGAAGACGCCAACAAGGCGGUGCGCGCGCUGUAUGCCCUCAGAGAUGCUAAGCAUGAGGACAAGCCUUUAUUAGUGAUGCUGCUACCCAGCAUUGAACCGUCAAUGGUCCCAGCGGGCGUGAAACCGCUGCUAGUGUUCGUGAACGUCAAGUCCGGUGGUUGCCAGGGUCUGGAGCUCAUAUCUUCUUUCCGGAAGCUCCUCAACCCCUAUCAGGUGUUCGACCUGGAAAACGGGGGACCCUUACCUGGGCUUUACGUGUUUCGCCACAUUCCGAAUUACAAGAUCCUGGUGUGCGGUGGGGACGGCACCAUAGGUUGGGUGCUACAGUGCCUCGACAAUGUCGGUCAAGACUCGCAGUGCUCCAACCCGCCUUGCGCCAUCGUGCCACUCGGCACUGGAAAUGAUCUCGCCCGUGUCCUACGCUGGGGCUCGGGGUACACGGGGUGCGAGGACCCGCUAUCGCUUUUACGCGAUGUCAUCGACGCGGAGGAGAUUCGGCUUGACCGCUGGACCGUCGUCUUCCACCCCGAGGACAAACAGGAUGAAAGCAAGGAUAUGACCAAGCAAUUGCCAAUGGCAAUAACGCAGCUGGGAGCUCAGAACGAGGACAACUCACAGAUCUUGGUAAUGAACAACUACUUCGGUAUCGGCAUCGACGCCGACCUCUGCCUCGACUUCCACAAUGCGAGGGAGGAGAACCCCAACAAAUUCAAUAGCAGAUUACGUAACAAGGGCGUGUACGUGAAGAUGGGUCUACGUAAAAUGGUGGGCCGCAAAAUGUGCAAGGACUUGCACAAGGCUGUCAAGCUGGAGGUCGACGGCAAGCCAGUGGAGCUACCUGCCGUCGAGGGCAUCAUUAUUUUGAAUAUACUCAGCUGGGGAUCCGGAGCGAACCCAUGGGGUCCAGAGAAGGAUGACCAGUUCAACAAACCGAACCACUGGGAUGGCAUGCUAGAGGUGGUGGGCGUCACUGGCGUCGUUCACCUCGGCCAGAUUCAGUCGGGGCUGCGGGGCGCCAUGCGGAUAGCGCAGGGUGGUCACAUAAAGAUCAACCUGAAGAGCGAGAUACCGGUGCAGGUGGACGGCGAGCCGUGGGUGGCGGCGCCUAGCGAAGUCGUUGUGCUCAAAUCCGCACUCAAGGCCACCAUGCUCAAGAAGCGCGGCAAGGUGCGCCGCCGCAACACGGAGCCGAGCGUGCCGCACGCGCAGCCGCCGCCCGGCCCGUCGCGGGCGCCGCCGCCGCCGCCGGAGGACACUUGAAUAUGGCUCAGCGAGCGCCUCAUCUAAAUACCGCUCGCGCCCGCCUCGGGCUCAAGGCAGGCGCGCGCGCUACGGGGGUGCUCGCUGCUACAACUAUUUACUAUUUCGUAGCGCAUAGAGUUUAUUUCAUUACUAUAUUGAAACAUAACAAAAAUAAAUAUGUAAAUAAAUUAUUAA